AUGUCUGCGCACCGCAUCAUAACCCAGAUCGUCUUAGUAGGCAGCCGAGUUCUCGGUCGCGCCUUCGCCGAAGCCUAUAAGCAAGCACAAGCUUCUUCUAAUUACGCCCGCGCGCAAGCGAAAAUCAACCCGAAUGCGCCGUCGGCUCGAGCAAGCCUCUCCAGUGGCAUGACCUUAGACGAGGCAUGCAAGAUCUUAAACGUUAAGCCGCCUCAGGGAGGCAAGGCGAAUAUGGAGGAGGUCAUGUCCCGGUUCAAGAAACUAUUCGACCAGAAUGAUCCGCAGAAGGGAGGCAGCUUCUACCUACAGAGUAAAAUUUUGAGAGCGAGAGAGCGAAUAGAAGUCGAGGUCGGACCUGCUAUGGAAAAAGCUGCACAGGAGGCGGAAGCAAAAGAGGGAUGGAAGCCGAAGGUGUACAAGGACCGGUAG